CAUAGUUUCUAUCCUUCUUGUUCUCUAUUACUGUAAGCACCACAGGAAACAGGUUUUCAAGGACAAGGCAUGAAUGGAACAGCCAUUUCAAACUUUGCCUGUGUCAUUUUUAAUGUUUCCUUCAUGAAUUGCACCUGGCAUGUGGGCAGGACUGCUACAGAAGACACCCAAUAUUUCCUGUACUGGGGGUCCUUUAAGAAUGAAAAUGUCACAGAAUGCCAAAAUUACAUCAAAGAUACCCGUGGAAGGCACAUAGGAUGUCGAUUUCAAAAUGUGACAAUAAAAGAUAACCGUCCUUAUUUCCUGGUAAAUGGGUCCAGAAGCGGACAAAACAUUCAGUCAUAUGAGGAUUACAUAAAGCUAUACAAAAUUGAAAAACUCACCCCUCCACUAAAUGUCACAGUGAACUGUACAGAAGCUUCUCGUAGAUGUAGUAUUUGGUGGCAGCCACCUCGCACAAGUCAUGUGGAAAACAUGAGUUGUUUCAAAUAUGAAAUUGUCAUAGAAAACAAGGGUGAUGCUGAGAAAAGCCCCAAAACUGCAUCUAAAACAACAGAAAUCACUGAAAAUGACUCCUACCUAUAUGAAAGCUUCAGCUCAGGAAAAAGGUACAGCGUCAAGAUCAGAGCAACAGAUGCAGGCUUUUGUAGAGUAAGCUCAAACUGGGGAGAGUGGAGUUCACCUGUGGAGUUUGGAACACAGCAAUUUACGUCUACUUCAUCAUAUAUGCUGUUUCUGAUACCAAGCCUGGCAGCAGGUCUCAUAUUUCUCCUUUGCAUGACAGUAAGGGCUUAUUUCAAAAAAACAUCUGCUGCAGUACCACAGCCAAGAGACCCAUUCCGUGAGCACUCUCCAAUGGACUUCCAGCCAGAAUAUACAAAUCUAUUAAAAAAACAAGGAACUGAAGAAAUAACAAAUAUUGAAGAAGGAAGUGAUGGAAUGCAAGUGAAAUGAGCGACUUGAUUUUUUCUAGCAUAUAUACUUUAUUGGCAAAAAUUAAGAGGAUUUUCAUAUUCUAUCACUCCUGGAAACAAGGAGAGCAUCAGCUGUAAAGACAAUUCCCCAAGAUCUUAUCUCUAAAAGCCUCCUUGUAUUUGGUUGCAUUUUCUAUGAACAGAAAAGUCUGGACAAUUUCUGGUUUUUAUUAUGAUGAAUACUACAGUAUUUCAGAAAAAAAUAUUUCAGUAUUGCUUUGGAAGCUAUUUUACUGUUUUUCAACCACAUGCAAAAAAAAAUUAGGAACAACUAAACUUAAGGAUCUCCAUUGGUUCAGUGUCUCAAAAAAGGUACAGCCAUACUGAGACUGUGAUCAGGAAUGAAAUUUGACAUCUGUAUGAAAGCUCGGUGUAUGAAGCCGAGAUCAAACCUCUUAAGAUUACUUGCUCAUACAAAGGAUUACUAUAAAGAGUUCUGGAUACAAUCUUCCCAUAAGCCCAUGUGUUGCCUCCUGUUUUUCAUCCCUUCCUAUCUGUGUUAGAUAGGAAAAAAUAACUUAAUAUAUGAUUGCUAACAGGUAGUAGAUGUACAUAUGUAUAUGUAUUGAGUGGGGAAUUCAAAGAGCAUUUGAACUCUCCAGCAGAAGCCUGUCACUUGCUAAUUGUGGUACAGGCAAGUUGUGUGUUUUCAUAACACUUGGAUGAAACAGAAGCAUAACAGCCUGAAUCCUUCAGCUAAUAAGGAGGUAUGGGAGAAAGCCCUCAGUUUGGGUGCUAAUCACAUAUUUUGACCUUCCAUAAGCAUGAAAUUGAAUAGGAGUCAGUCCUGCCCUGGCAGCCAGGAGGGCCAACCUUGUCCUGGGCUACAUCAGGCGGAGCAUGGCCAGCCAGGAAAAGGAGGGGAUUGUCCUCCUAUGCUCUGCUCUGCACUGGGGCAGCCUCACCUCGAGUGCUGGGGGCAGUUUUGGGUGCCACAACAUAAUAAAGAUAUAAAGCCAUUAGAGAGGGUCCAAAGAAGGGCUGCAAAGAUGGUGAAGGCCCUUAAGGAGAAGCUAAGGCCAUUUGGUCUGCUCAGCCUGGAGGAUAUUGAGAGGAGACAUCAUUGCAGUCACAACUUCCUUGUGAGGGGAAGCAGAAGGGCAGGCACUGAUCUCUUCUCUCUGGUGACCAGUGACAGGACCCUGGGAAUGGCCUGAAGCUGUGUCAGGAGAGGCUUACGUUGGGUAUCAGGAAAAUGUUCCUCACCCAGAGGUUGUUUGGGCACUGGAACAGCUCCCCAGGGCAGUGGUCACAGCAGCAGCCCAGCAGAGUUCAAGAAGCAUUUGGACAACACUCUUCGGCACAUGGUGUGACUCCUGGGGCUGUCCUGAGCAGGGCCGAGAGUGGAAGUCAAUUACUUUUGUGGGUCAUUUCCAACUCAGGGUAUUCUAUAAUUCCAUCAAGUCUCAAGGUGGUUAAAGUCAUCUCAAGUAGCUGAAAUCCUGUCAUGGAAAAUAAAGU